CUCAGCACAACACACACAACCCCGGCACACGCACAGCUUCAGCACACCAUGGAGCCUGAUUCUCCAGCCCGCGAUAUAGCUAUUGGGAUCUCCCAUCUCGAACUUACUGAAGGUCAAUCAUCUUCAGACGUUCUCGUGUCAUAUUACUCGUCCAACGGUUUUUCACAAAGUGCUUCCUGCGAGCAAGCCUCUACAAUCCACCUGCCGCCUCACUUCAUCUCAUUCUUAACAGUUGCUCAGGACUUAGGCAUCGACCUGUGUUCCGUCAAGUGGCAUCCCGCUUUAGCACGAGUUGGAGAAGGUCGAACCGCCGAAAUCAGCCAAGCCUUGAUAACGUUGCAAACGAACUUUGUCUUCAAACGAAUAAAGCCAGCAACUCCGUCGCAGCUUGCCGAGCGCCGCGCUCUUCAGGCGAUGUACACCGAAGUCUCUAUUUUGGGACAGCGACGCAUUCGUAACCACCCGAACAUGAUAAGGCUCGAAGGCAUAUGCUGGGACGUAUGGGAAGAGAAAGAUGGAGGAACACCAGAGGUUUGGCCAGUCUUGGUGUUUGAGAAAACGCCAUACGGAGACCUCGAUACAUUCUUGAGAUCCGGCCAAGGUCAAAACCUCAAGUUUGAAGAGAGGUUACAACUUUGUUCCGGCAUUGCGUCCGCGGUAAGCGAGAUGCACGCCCAUCAUGUUAUCCAUGGUGAUAUUAAACCAGCGAAUAUUCUGAUAUUUCAGAAUGAAUUGAACGGUUAUAUUGCAAAAGUGGCUGACUUUGGCUAUUCCACAGUGGGCACGGCAAAUGGGCUUGUCUAUCUACCAAAAUCCGUUCCAUGGAACGCCCCUGAGCACCACGGCCGAGAUUUCACAUUUCAGACAGCUAUAAAGACUGAUACCUAUUCAUUCGGCUUAGUUUGUCUACGCAUAUUGUUUGAAGACCUGCUCUUACAACAUUUCCCGAAGUUUUCGGAGGCUUAUGAAAAGGAGAAUUUUCUCCUGGGAAAAAAUAUAAUUGUCAAAACAUCUGCGGUUACACAAUAUGAAGCAGAUCUUCUACCGUUCGCAAUUGAUGCUGUGAAAAACAAGGAGGGGCUUGAAUUAAGCCAGAAAAAAACCUUAGAGAAACUUUUCAAAGUUACAAUCGCUGGAGAUGCCAACUUAAGAAGUGAUGACUUUUCGGAGCUUCAGAGGCUCCUGAGCAACGACCAGGAUAUCCUAACAAUGCUCAGCUAUGACAGAAGGAAGCCAGCGUUGCUUUCUUGUCACGCCAAUUUUCAAAUAACUAAGUCUAUCCUUUUUCUUGUGGAAUCACAUUACCUCGUGCGAAGAUACAUCGUCAAAUGCUUAGAAGACUUCUACACAAGCUCUGAUUGUCAAAUAUGCAAACGGGAGGUUGCUUUCCAGUUAGCAUUCGCUUACAACGUUGGAUUUGGUGCCGCUCGAGAUGCAGAAAUAUGGUUGCGAUGGUUAGAAAGGAGUGGACGAACAGUUCUUGAUCUUGAAGUCGCAAAGCAAGUGGCAGAACAGCCAUACUGGCGAUAUAGAAGUGAAAAGUUGCAAGAUUUAGAUCAAAACGGCUAUCUUCGUGCAGAUAUUGUGGCGGAGUAUCAUAAUGAAGGAAGGAUCGUGGAUGCAGAGAAGGAAUGCCGAAGAGAAGUCCGGGAUUUUGAAGCAAGUUUUGGACAGAAUAACGUCAUAAUUAAGACGUUAAAACUCCAGCUGGCGGAUAUUCUGCAAGCAAGAGGGAAUUUUAGUGGAGCAGAAGAUACAUUAAGGACCCUGAGCUGCGAGGGCGAGACAGGCUUACGUCCAGGAGAUGAUGAUGGCACCUUCCUAGAUAUCCGAAAUCGACUGGCGAUUACAUUAUAUCAUCAGGGGAAGAACGAGGAGGCCAUGGAAAUACUCCAAAAAGACAUUGAAAUGAAAAAGAGCCUGAUGGGAAAAGGAAGCAGAUCAAUAUUGCAUAGCAAGGUCACGUUGGCUAUGGUCCUCACGGAAAGGGGAGACUACGCCGCUUCCGAAAAAUUGAUUCGAGAAGCUCUUGAAAGGCUCGAAGAGCUCUUAGAUCCGGAUGAUCCAGAGGUCCUAACAAUAACUGGUAAUCUGGCGCAGAUUUUAUCCAAACAGGGCAGAUAUCAGGAAGCCGGGGAUUUAGAGGUUCGAACACUAGAAGGGAGAAAAAAGGUUCUUGGGCCCGAACAUCCAGACACACUCACCAGUUUCAGCAACCUCGCCCUUGUGCUGUCUAAUCAGGGCAAAAAUGAAGAAGCAGAGCGCAAUCAACGGUACGCCUUGAAGAUGCGACAGAAAGUAUUUGGGAACAUGCAUCCGGACACGUUGACUAGCCUGGACAACCUGGCCGCUUUGCUUAGCCGACAGGGGCAGUUUGAGACUGCCAAAGCUAUGCAUGAAGAUGCGCUGGAGGGUAGGGAGAAUCUAUUAGGGAAGGAGGACCCUCAAACCCUUGCUAGCAUGAACGGUUUAGCUACGGUUCUAGAUCACAUGGGGGAAUUUGGAGAGGCAGAGAAGCUUUACAGAAAAAACCUCGAGAUUAGUGAGAAGGUUCUUGGAAAGGGCAAUCCUGAUAUUUUUGGAAGAAUGAGCAACUUAGCAGGGGUGCUACAGAGUCAAGGCCAGUAUAAGGAGGCAAAAGAAAUAAAUGAGCUGGCCUUGACGAGGGGGAAAGAAAUAUUGGGCGACGAUCACCCUCUCACUUUGUCUAUUGCAAGCAACCUAGCACUUGAUCUUCAGAGGCUAGGAGAACUCCAAGCCUCCGAAGCACUAUACCGAGGCAUAUUCGAACAGAGCAAAGACGCGAUGGGACUUUGUCACCACAUCACGCUGGCCAUAAUGGGUAACUUGGCGGACCUUCUCCGGGUUGAGGGAAAAUUUGAAGAAGCAACGCAAAUGAAUCAUGAGGUUUUAAAGGCAACAGAGACAACUCUAGGUGAAAAUCACCAUGCUACCCUCACGGCUGCUCAAAACCUUGCAGGCUCACUCCAUUCCCAGAAACGCCAUGCCGAGGCGGUGCCUUUCUACAUAAGAGCUUGUGGAGGGCUGAGGGUCCUCUUGGGGCCCGAUCAUCCACAGACCAUGGAAUGUUUCAGAAAUUAUUUUCAGAUGAUCGAAGUCAUGUCGGAGGACGAAAUCCAAGCUUUGUCAUAAGAUAUGUGUAGCCGUAGCAGGUGGGCUAUGACUUGCUGUUAGCCAUAGGCCCAUUUUAAUCCAGCAAGUUUGAGAUUUCAGAUGAGCUGCGGGAACAUGAC